AUGGCAACCGAACUCUACGAUGGUGCGAUAGGUAUCGACCUAGGUACCACGUACUCCUGCGUGGCAACUUAUGAAGGGACAAAUGUGGAAAUAAUUGCAAAUGAACAAGGGAGUUUUACAACACCUUCAUUCAUUUCAUUUACAGACAAGGAGAGGUUGAUUGGUGAAGCUGCAAAAAACCAAGCUGCUAUGAAUCCACGCAACACUAUCUUUGACAUCAAACGGUUAAUUGGAAGACGGUUUGACGACCCGACAGUAAAGAAAGAUGUUGCAUCUUGGCCAUUCAAAGUCAUUGACCAGGAUGGAAGUCCAAUGGUUGAAGUUGAGUAUCUGGGGGAGACUAAAGUUUUUUCUCCACAAGAAGUCUCAUCUAUGGUUUUAUCAAAGAUGAAAGAAGUCGCAGAAGUUAAGCUGGGAAAGAAAGUAACAAAAGCUGUUAUAACAGUCCCGGCGUAUUUCAAUGAUAAUCAACGACAGGCCACUAAAGAUGCCGGAGCUAUUGCUGGACUCAACGUCCUACGAAUUAUAAAUGAGCCCACGGCUGCAGCGAUCGCCUACGGCUUAGGAGCAGGAAAAUCAAGUAAGGAGAGAAAUGUACUUAUUUACGAUCUCGGUGGCGGAACUUUCGAUGUCUCUCUGCUCAACAUCCAGGGAGGUGUGUUCACAGUAAAAGCUACUGCGGGUGACACUCACUUGGGUGGUCAAGAUUUUGAUACAAAUCUUCUGGAACAUUUCAAAAAAGAAUUCCAACGAAAGACUAAGAAGGACAUGUCGAACGAUCCUCGCGCACUUCGACGUUUGCGCACAGCAUGCGAACGCGCCAAGAGAACGCUCUCCAACGGAGCACAAACGACGGUAGAGAUUGAUUCGCUAUUUGACGGAGAAGAUUUUAACGCCCAAAUCACUCGAGCGCGCUUUGAGGACUUGAAUUCUAAGGCUUUCAAUGGAACUUUGGACCCUGUUGCUCAGGUGUUGAAAGAUGCUAACCUUGACAAAAGUAAAGUCGAUGAAAUCGUUCUUGUCGGAGGCUCUACUCGUAUUCCCCGGAUACAAAAACUUUUGAGCGAUUUCUUUGACGGUAAAAAACUUGAAAAGUCCAUCAACCCCGACGAGGCCGUUGCCUACGGAGCUGCAGUUCAGGCCGGUAUCCUUUCCGGAAAAGCUACUUCUUCCGACACAGCUGACUUACUUUUACUCGACGUUGUACCACUUUCGCUCGGUGUCGCGAUGGAAGGUAACAUAUUUGCACCUGUAGUACCCCGCGGGCAGACUGUUCCGACUAUAAAGAAAAGAACCUUCACAACUGUUGCUGACAAUCAACAAACUGUGCAAUUUCCCGUAUUUCAAGGUGAGCGUGUCAACUGCGAAGAUAAUACAUCCCUUGGGGAAUUUACUCUUGCUCCUAUUCCUCCUAUGAAAGCUGGCGAUGCGGUGCUCGAAGUAGUAUUUGAGGUGGAUGUCAACGGUAUUCUCAAGGUUACAGCUACAGAGAAGACAUCGGGGCGCAGUGCCAACAUCACUAUCUCAAAUUCUGUAGGCAAGCUAUCAUCUAGCGAGAUAGAGAGCAUGAUAAAUGAUGCCGAGAAAUUUAAGAACAGCGAUGAAGCGUUCAGCAAAAAGUUUGAAGCUAGACAACAACUUGAAUCAUACAUAUCAAGAGUUGAGGAGAUAGUAUCUGACCCGACUAUGUCCCUCAAACUAAAGCGAGGAAACAAGGAGAAGAUUGAAUCAGCCCUCAGUGAUGCUAUGGCUCAAUUGGAGAUCGAAGAUUCAACAUCGGACGACUUGAAAAAGAAGGAACUCGCACUGAAACGGGCAGUAACAAAGGCCAUGUCUGCUAGGUAA